AUGCGAGCACAGGCUCACUUACAUGCAGACGUGUCUGAUCGUCCUCAUCGCACUCUCGUUCGCUGCCUCCAGCUCUUCCUGGGCAUAGCCGUACCAGGGGUCACCAUGAAGGCUUCGUGGAUAGGAGCGUGUCCCUUCCGGAAACGUUGGUCUUUCUUCCUCCAAGCCCUCCUCGGCGCCGUCACCCUCACUGUCGGCCAUGAGAACCGCAAGUUCAUUCGCUGGGACCCGAUGCCUUCUGCCUUUGCUGCUCCCUCCUCCUCCAAGACAGCGUUCUGUCCUGCUCUUACUGGGAGAGCAGAGCAGCUGGCUUCGAGUUGUGCUCUUUCUGUUUCCCCCCGCCCUCGUCACCUCGCCUGCUCGCCUCCUCGUCAAGCUGCCAUGAAGUGCUUGAUCUACAGCAUGGUCGCGCGCGAGAGGAGGAGGGAGCCGCUGCUGUCGUCGUCGUUUGUCGUCGUCGCCUCCAACGCCUGCACCUUCUGCUCAGCCAGCAAGGAUGAGGCCGAGCGCGAGCUCUACCCCGACGACCUCACCAGAGAGCUGCUGGAUGACCUGCAGGCCUGGGGCAGCAGCAGAGGGGGGAGAAGAGGAUCGAAGUCGACGCAGAGAGAAGACGAGAGCGCCAUCGCUUUCGUCGACGAAGUUUUGUCCUCGUCCCGUGCAGCCGGGGAACAGCUCAAGGAGGAGGAGGAGAAGGAGGAGGAGGAGGAGGAGAAGGAGGAGGAGCCUGCAGAUGCUAGCGAGGCUUCAGAGGAGGAGGAGGACUUUGAGCUCGAAGCGUUUGCAACUGUGGGCGGGAGGUAUGACUCGGAGCUGUUGGCACUGCGAAGGGAGGAAGACCUGAUCCUAGCAGCUCCGUUUCAGGAGGACCUGCAGCGUGUCCUGGGGGGGAUGGGCGCUGAGGAGCCAUGGAAGGUCAUCGCUAGUGAGAGCCUGGGGUCCAAGUCGUUCGGAAGGGAGUGGAGGAACGUGCUGACGAAACUGAACAAGGAGCUGAGGCACGAUGAAAAUGAGGAGGAAGAGGGGGAUGAGGAGGAGGCGGCAGGGGAGGAGGAAACGGGAAACAGAGGCGAAGGGAGGAGGAGGAGGCUCACAAAGUUUGCAGACAUGAUUACGCGCUUCUCGGGUCUCCUCGCCGUGAAUCCUCAACGAAUCGAUGACUUGAAAGCCCUUCUCACUGACCGCAUGGAGUUGUCACUGAAGGAAGUGCGCUACAUCCUGUCUCGACGCCCUUCGCUGCUGUCGUACGAGGUUUGGGGAGAACGAGGAUUCGAGGCCACGGUACAGGAGCUGCUCAAGCUCGGGAUAAAGAAGAAGCAUCUACAAAUCGUCUUGAUGAAUUUCCCCGGUGUCUUGACCGUCAAGCCGAAGACUAUCAUGAGCGUUGUCGACGUUCUCUGCGAUGAGGAUAGCGGUGGUCUGGACAUCGAGAAGGACUUUCUGCCCCUCGUUCGCAAGGCUCCUUGGGUGCUUCUGUUCGACCCUUCGAGGUAA